UGAAAAUAUUUUUUGAAAGAUUAGAGGGCUCUCAGAUUUUUUGGAAGAAGAAAAAAAAACUAUUUUUUUUAUUUUUUAAGUCUGUGACACAUUUGUCUACAGAUAUUAGUUGGCUAAUUUCCCCUUUAAAAGAUAUAAUGGACGAUAUUGAUAAAGAAUAUGAGCAGAUUGAAUGUAAUUAA